UCACUUCCGGUUUAAUGUUGUGCAAGUUGAAAACAUGGCAGUAGUUGAUCAGUUCACUAUUUACAUUGUAACUGCCAGUGUCGUGGCACUGAUUCUGUUAGUGGUCACCCUCAUUAACAAGUUCAGCACAUCAGCAAAAAACACAAAUGAAAGAGAAGAAGCUGGGCAGGUCAACCGUCCUCCGCCUCGUGCUGCUGAAGCUCCCCCUGGUGCCAGGAGACGAGGACCACGCCGCAGGAUGAGACUUAACCGAGAUGAUUCAGACGAGGAGAUGUUCGACGGUGAUGAUGAUGACAUCGCAGACACCUUGAAUCAGGGUGAGGGGAAGGUUGGUGCCAAGAAACUCAAGAAACUACAGGAGAAGGCUGAAAAAAGGGCAGCACGAGAGCAAGAAAUGGAGGAGAGAGCUGACAGGAAGAAGCGAGAAGCACUGCUGGAUGAACAGAGGAAGAAGGAUGACGAGAGGGAGAAGCUGGAGGAGGCUGCCAGGGAGGAAGAGGAGAAGAAGAUCCGUGAGGAGAAGGAGAGACAGGAGCACGAGGAGUACCUGAAGCUGAAGGAGAUGUUCUCUGUGGAGGAAGAAGGCCAGGAUGAUGCUGUACCAGAUCUCAGUUCAGAGUCUCUACUGCAGGAAUUCAUCAGCUACAUCAAGGAUAUGAAGGUGGUGAUACUGGAAGACCUGGCUGCCCACUUCAAACUGAAAACACAGGACGUGAUACAGCGAGUCCAAGAUCUGCAGGCUGAGGGUCAGCUGACCGGCGUGGUGGACGACCGCGGCAAGUUCAUCUACAUCACCAUGGACGAACUGGAGGACGUGGCCAAAUACAUCCGACAACAUGGCCGUGUCUCCAUCACUGACCUGGCCGAGUCCAGUAACCGUCUCAUCAACCUCAACCCCGAGAAUACAGAAACACAUAAAAAACUGGUGUCGGAGGUGUCAGGAUGACGUGUGACAACCAGUGUGUGAGGGAGGAAUGAUGGGGUGACAGGGAGGAUGUUGUGGAGGCUGGCAGGGCGGCAGGGCAUGUGACUUGUGUGACCUGACCUUGUGUGUGUAUGAGGUUGUGUGACCUGACCUUGUGUAUAUGGUGUUGUUUGACAUGACCUUGUGUAUAUGAGGUAGUGUGAGAUAACCUUGUUUAUAUGAGGUUGUGUAACAUGACUGUGUAUAUGAGGUUGUGGGGAAUGACCUUGUGUAUGUAAGGUUGUGUGACAUGACAUUGUGUGUGUAUGACCAUGUGAGGGAGAGAUCUAGAAAAAUUUGUGCUCAGCACUGCAGCAUACUUUGAUAAAUUCAGACUGCACUUUUCAUUCCAUUGUUUCUAUGGUAACUGGUGCAGUGGACCUGGAGGAACACAAGCUAAGAACAUAACCGUCAUGGGAGUUAUUAACUUUAACAUAGAUACAGCUGUUUACUACGUUUAACUGACAGUCAUGAUCUAGAGACAACUGUGACAGGUUAAAAACAAACACUGAUACAUUGUCUUGCAGUUGUAGACACACAAGUCCAGAAAUUGAAAAAUAGAGGAUAGUAUAUGAGUAUUCAUGUCAUACUAUGUUUACGACACGAGUGUCUAAAUUCUGGUAUUUCUCGAGCAAGAGCAAGGGAAAUACCGGAAUGUAGGCACGAGUGUUGUAAACAUAUAAUGACAUGAACACAAAUAUUAUGCUCUUUUUAUAACCGAAGAAGAUGUCUACAUACAGAGACAAAUUUUAGUGUUUACCUAUAAGGACAGCAAGUCGCAACAACACAAUUGUCAAUGACGUCAACAUUCAGCUAUGACGUCGUUUCUAGUGGGACGUCAUUCCAACCUCACAUCACAAUAAGAUUCGAAUGACGUCAACAAUGACAAUACACUGUUGUCUCGUGAGGUGAUAUGACCCUAGGCACAUAUGAUUUUUAUGAACCCGGAUAUAUUUUCCCUUGUAGGUAAUAAAACACGUUUAGCCUUCAGCUGUUGCUGGUGACUUGCAGUAUGAGUGACUGCCUGUGUUAGAACAUGCAUACGAGAGGAGUUUCCUGUGUCCUUGUAUGUGAUGUUUGAAAGUUUGACGUAUGUUUGACCAUCUGAGGAAGUGAGAGUAGUUGAGAAGGUUGGUUUGUUUGUUUGUUUCUUGUUUAACGCCACACUCAGCAAGAUCCCAGCUAUAUGACGGCGGUCUGUAAAUAAUCGAGUCUGGACCAGCAAUCCAGUGACUGACAUCAUGAGCAUCGAUCCACGCAACGAUAACAAGUUGAGAAAGUGGAGGCUAUGAUUCUAUACAUUUAACUUAUUUUCUUACAAAUUCUUUAUUUUCAACAGUUUCAGAUUGGGUAUUUUCAAGUCAAUAGUCUAACAAACACAUCAGUAUACUUUCAGUGUGAUAUUUCCAUGUAGCCAUGGUUACAAAUUAAUAAAAUGAAAAAGAAAGCCAAUUCCACUGGUAUUUGUGUGACUGGUGCCAUUUCAGAUAAUGUAUACCUUGAAGUUUGUUAUUUAUAUAGUGAUGUGGAUUUGUACAUAUUGAGUACACAUGGGGGUUACCGGUACUUAUAACUUGAAUAAUUUCCUGAAAGUUAAGUCCACAUUUUUUGUUUUUUUGUUUCACGGGACAACUGCCCCUACUGAAAAGCAGCUGGAAAAGAAAUAAAUUAAGCAUACAAAUAUUUAUUUUUACUAUGUCUCCUGCUAGUAAGAUAGACCCUCUUAUAUAUAUCCGUGAACAUUAGAUUAAAUAAGUGUGGUCUGCGUGUUCUUUGUUUAGGAUUUUACUGUACUCCCUGAUAAGGAUUAAGGUUAUAUCGUUUGAUAUGUAAGUCCUCACAGGGAACUGUUGAGGUAAGACGCAGAUUACGUUCUGUUUGCUCAUGUCCAAGUCCCUUGAAACAUGAACUAAUACAGAGUUACAAGUUUACUGUAUCAGGAAACUCAAUUGUUGAAUAAAUAAAAUCAUAAAUUUAA